AUGGAGGAGCAGCAGCAUCACCAAAAUACUGUAAGCCAACGAGAAAAAGAAGAAACCGCACAGCGUGAACGUGGAUUCACUGAGGUCAUGGACCGUGAGAGGCAUUUCCGAGAGCAAUAUCAACAACCAGCUCUUCAUCAAGGCAAUACAUCUUCUAUUCCCCUCCAUCAGCCAGUGGCAUCUCGUCUACCAGGUGCAAUCCUUAGUCCUGGUGGUAUACUUGCAAACCAGAACGAAGCAUUGUCAAGUGGCUGUUUGAACGCGUCAAAUGGAACAGUGAAUACAUUUGGAGGUCCACUACACGAUGCAAGUCGCCCAAUUAAACUAAAUCUACAGAUAAAUACCAGCCAGCUGCAACAACAACAAAAUUUUGGACCAAGCCUUAUGCAUCACAAUUCUCACAUGGGACCCGGGAUAAACCCAGCUGGAUUCGGAGGCUCUAUGCACCAACAUCCGCAACAAACUCUCCCAUUCGGUACACUAGUCACACCAGGAAAUCAAUUACCGACCGUUCCAACUAUAGCUCAAGCCAAUCAGCAACCAAUUCUAAAUGACGCCCUAAGCUACCUAGACCAAGUCAAGGUACAAUUCGCCGAUCAGCCCGAUGUAUACAAUCGUUUUCUUGACAUAAUGAAAGAUUUCAAGAGCCAAGCAAUCGACACACCCGGAGUCAUCAAUCGAGUCUCAGACCUCUUCGCUGGACAUCCUAAUCUAAUUCAGGGGUUUAAUACCUUCCUUCCCCCCGGCUAUCGAAUCGAAUGCGGUACGGGCCCAGACCCAAAUAUAAUUAGAGUUACCACCCCAAUGGGUACUACUGUUCAGUCAAUAACAGGUGCUGGUAGAGCACUUCUCGGUAAUGAAACUACCCAACCUUCAACAGGUCCAGGUACCUGCUACGACAACCAGAGGUCUGGAAAUUGGCAACAAAUACAGCAGAGUGUUGAAAGUCCAGAAGCUAGAUUUAGCCCACAGCCUCAGACCUCUGUGACCACAUACGGACAGCCACUAUCCCAAAAUGCAGCCUACGAUAGCCAGGCCGCUGCUGCUGCUGCACACCAACAGCAGCAAAGAGGAGUCUCGCAGUUAACGAAUGCUGCUGGAAUUUUAGGCCAACCACAGAAUGGUCAAACAUCUACAUCAGGCGCACAAAGUGGUAUAAAUGUUGGAGUACUAGGAACAGAAAAAAGGGGACCCGUUGAGUUUAACCAUGCAAUUAGUUACGUCAACAAGAUAAAAAAUCGUUUUCAAGAGCGACCAGAAAUAUACAAACAAUUUCUUGAAAUUCUUCAGACUUAUCAGCGCGAGUCCAAGCCGAUUCAGGACGUAUAUGCUCAAGUUACGCAUCUCUUUAAUACAGCACCUGAUCUUUUAGAAGACUUUAAGCAGUUCCUUCCGGAAUCAGCAGCACAUGCUAAGGCAGCAGCAGCGGCCAAGGCCAUGGAAGAAGCUCGGCAGAACCAGACACCACAACCGCACACCAACCGUGAUACAAAAAUGCCUCUCGUUGGAAAUUUUGCAGUCCCAGCGAGUAUUAGUAAAGACAACAAAAAGAGACCUCGUAACAGUAAUACUGCGGCUACUUCUCAGCAAACAACUAUUCCUCAAGAUUCCAUCUACAAAAACGCAAUAUUGGGCGGAGGUGCCUCGAACAAGAGAGCUAAGCUUGCCCACAAGCAAAUUCCUUUGGAUAAUACGCUCAUCUCGCCAACCCUAACACCAAUUAUACCAGAGCCGCUUGCACCAACCUCCGUCACAGGUGCUACUGUCGAAGAGUUAGCUUUUUUUGACCGAGUUAAGAAAUACAUUAACAACAAAUCCCAGGUUAACGAAUUCCUGAAGUUAUGUAACUUGUUUUCUCAAGACUUGAUUGAAAAAAAUGUACUCAUUCACAAAGCAAGCGCUUUUAUCGGCAAUAACCCGGAACUGAUAAAUUGGUUCAAAGAAUUUGUAGGAUAUAGCAGUGCAAAUGGUCUAAUCGAAAAUACCCCGGCCUCGUCCACAGGAAGAGUUUCUUUAAGCAAUUGUCGAGCACUUGGACCUAGUUACCGUUUGCUACCGAGAAGAGAGAAGAUAAAACCUUGUUCUGGCAGAGAUGAAAUGUGUAAUCAGGUUCUAAACGAUGACUGGGCGUCCCAUCCAACUUGGGCUUCUGAAGAUUCAGGAUUUGUGGCCCAUCGUAAGAAUAUAUUUGAAGAAAGUCUUCAUCGCAUCGAAGAAGAACGUCAUGACUACGACUUUAACAUUGAAGCAAACGCAAAGGUUAUUCAACUUCUUGAACCCAUUGGCCAAUCAAUUCUCUCUAUGGGCCCCGAAGAAAGGGAGAGCUUCCGAAUGCCAAUUGGAUUAGGGGGCCAAAGUCAGGCCAUUUAUCGCCGCGUUCUAAAAAAAAUAUAUCAGGAGAGUGGUCCACAAGUCUGUGCCGACUUAUUCAAAGACCCAUGUGCUGUUCUACCGAUUGUCUUGGCCCGUCUAAAACAGAAAGAUGAGGAAUGGAGAUUCACUCAGCGCGAAUGGGAGAAGGUCUGGGCUUCUCAAACUACCAGUCUACAUCUCAAGAGUCUUGAUCAUAUGGGUAUACAAGUCAAGACGAAAGAUAAGCGAGAGUAUUCCGCAAAACACCUUGUCGAUAGUAUUAAAACAAAGUAUGAAGAGCAACGACGGGCACGGAGCACACAAGCAGUAAAUCCAAAAGCUCAACUAACGUGGGAGUUUCUCGACACUGACGUGAUUCUUGAUGUUCUCCGUUUCAUGAUAAUAUAUGCCACAAAUGCAAGUCAACACAAUCUUCUUGAGCGUCGUCGCAUUGUUGAGUUCAUUGAAAAAUUUAUUCCAACCUUCUUCGGUAUAUCUGAAGACAGUGUUUUUGAAGCUACUCGAGAUAUUGAUAGAGGAACCUCUGAUGAUGAUGAGGAAAUAGUACCACUAGAAUUAUCAAAUGGAGGCAGAGCCCGACGAAAUGGCACCGGAAAAAAAGCUGAUCUUCGUCGGGGUGUCCUUGAUAAAGUUCGCAAUAGUGCUCGGGGGCGUACACAAAACCUCGAAACUACAAAUACCAGUAAAGAGUCAACCCCUGAUGUUGAUUCUAUUGCCGAAGAAGAAGCUGAUAAUAAUGAUGACACUGUCUCUGAGAGUGCAGCUGACCGUUGGAUCGCCGUUUCAGGGACUAUAGCCCGAAAUCGAGAUGGGAACUCCGUACCUACCCAAAUCAACAUUGAAAUGGACGCAGAUGAGCCGUAUAAGCGUACAAUAUAUAAACUUUGGUGUAACCAAGUACUUUAUGUCUUUAUGUGUAUUUUCCAAACUCUAUAUCGAAGGCUUAAAGAUCUUAAAAUAAGCGAGGAUGAGGCCUUAGAUGCAUACUUCAGGGCAUCUUUACCCAAACCUUCGAAGGAGAUAGGCCUUGAUAAUAGACAAACAACCCCCGCGCCUAGCAAUGGUGAAAAAUACUAUGACCGAGCAAAACAUUUGAUUGAGGAUUUCAUUUCUGGUGAGGUUGAAGAAGCUAUCUACCAAGGCUGGCUUCGUCAGUACUACCUCAAAAAAGGCUGGCAAGUUUACACGAUAAUGGAUCACCUAAAGUCCCUUUGUCGGUUGGCAGCAACGUGCUCGAGCAAUGAUCCAAAGGAAAAAACCCCUGAUAUUGUACAUCGAUUUUACGAAAACCGCCAAUCAGAAGAAACAACCUACAAUACGGAACUUGAGCUUCGUGUUAGAGCAAACAAAUGCAUUAAGGAUGGUGAAUUGUUUAUGAUUCAAUGGAAUACAAAUAAACGUGAAGCGUCCGUUAACUUAGUUAACAAAGAAGAUGCCACAUUUGAUCCAAGUGGGAUGGGUCAAAGCCAGAGUUGGCAGUAUUAUGUUGCAUCAUGGCAACGAAAUGAACCUACUGAAGGCGUUCCUCGCAAUUCACAAUUCUGGCCACCACGAGGGACAAAAAGUAAAGAAUUUGGGAAAACUAUUCUUCAAAGAAAUCUUGAAGCAGCAGGAGCAGGUUCGGAAGAUGAAGAUAUCUUGAAAACCAUCUUUUUUGAAGAAAAUUUAGUCGUACGGAUUGAGGCCAAUACUUACAAACUCGAAUACAUUAAAGGUGGCGCCGAUAUGACCAUACGAACCGAUAAAAACUUUACCUACAAUACCGAUGGUAUAAGUAGCUCCCGCCUACGAAUGUUAGAGGUAGAGAAAAAACGAAGUGACAGAUUCCGAGAAAAAUUCGAGAAUAGUGGACCAUGGAUGCGAGGACUCGACUCGGCUAAAAUAUCUCGUAUCAAUAACGAAUUUAAAAAAUGGAUGAACGAGGGAGUACCUCCUAGCUCCUGUAAUAUUACUUCUCUUUAA